AUGGAGGCGAUCAUUGCUCCUACCGGCUAUGGAGAUACUAUAGGGAUACUGAAAGGACAGAUACAACAUCUUCAUAUAACCUUCCUUUGCAAGUUUCCACUCUCCAGGUAUUUCUUUAACUUUCUCUAUUUAAGGUUCUGGUUCCUGUGGCGCUCUCUACUUGUCCAUCUAUUUGUUCCUAGUUUUCUUCCUGUAGCUUUUCUCUCUCGUAUUUCCUUGUGUCUUACUAUGGAUUCCCUAGCUCUUAACGUUUUUGAAGUUUUAAACCUCACUGAUCGUGAAGCUGUUGUUCAUGACCUUGAGGAUGAUACUGGGGGGGUUAGCCAAACUAGCAGAACCAUUUGUCUUGUGUUUAGAAUCCUUUCCCCUAGAACCAUCAAACUUGAGUGGUUUGAAGAUGCUAUGAGGAACGCCUGGAUUACUCGGGGCCCUUUAACUUUCUCUGAAUAUGGUUCGGGUAUGUUCAUGGUGGAGUUUCAUUGUGAAGGAGAUAUGCGAAGAGUGUUAGAGGGUCAGCCAUGGCAUUUUGACCACUGUUUGGUCACUUGUGCAAACCAUGCUGGUCUGGAUACUCUUCUGCCCAACCAUCUCAGAUAUUCCCCUUUUUGGAUACAAGUCCAUUCUAUUCCUUUUGGUCAGAAAUCUCUAAAACUUGCUAAGUUGAUUGGGGAUGAGGUGGGGGAUUUCUUAGAGGUUGACCAACUUACACUCCACAAAAUCUCUGGACUUUUUCUUAGAGUUUGUGUUCUCAUUGAUAUUUCUAAACCUAUUACUCGUGGAAUCAUGGUCGAUUUCAAGAGUAUCCAUCGUCAAAAAUGGCUCACUUUCAAAUAUGAGAACUUGCCAAAUAUCUGUUAUCACUGUGGCUUGUUUGAUCACACACUUACAAAGUGUAUUACUUACCUUCAAAAGUGUGAUGAUCGUGCAUAUCCACCUGCUCUUCCUUAUAAAAUACCUCUUAAAGCACCUGCCAAAUCAACUUUCAAAAGGAACCCGUUUGAUCUUUCAAACUCAUUUCCACUGGAUGAACUUCCUGCUCAGCAGGAUAAUGUGGAUCAAUCCCUCGUUGCUGUUGUGAGCCAGUUUCUUACCACUGAGGACAUUGGCUCUGGAUCCUCAGGUGCUGCUUCUCGUGGUAAUGUUACUGAGAUUGGCUCUCUGGGAGUCGAUCAUGGCUCACCCUUGAGCCAUGAUGGUUUUCAUUCUGCUGUUCUUUGUGACCUUCCUUUCACAACUACCCAGCAUGCUACGGUCACAGCUAGUGAAAGUAGUAGUGAGGGCCUUGCUAUGGAGGGUGUUAUCCCAAGAACUUCUGAAAAAGCUAAGGGUAAAGCAGUUGCUGGGGCUAAAAGGGCUGCUUUCCUCCCUCAAACUGUCGUGGUUGGUGACUCUCUCAGGAAUAUUCUCAAGCGUGCUCGAGUUGGUCCUACAAUUGCUGAUGUUUCUUCUGCUAUUAACCUCUCUUUGAGUCUUAUGAGUUGGAAUGCCCGAGGUUUGGGGAGCCCUCGGGCAUUCCGCAACCUCUCCCUUUUUGUUAAAAAUCACAAACCGAAUUUUCUCUUCAUCAUGGAGACUAAAGCUGCUGCCGGCCGUGGGGAUAGCUUGUGUCGUAGUCUUCCUUUUGAUCAUGUGUUUGAAGUUCCAAGAGUAGGAUUAGGGGGGGGGGGUACUCAUGUUUCGUGUUACUAUGGUUCUCCUUAUAGUAUCGAUAAAAUGCAUUCAUGGUUGCUGUUAGAAAGACUUUUUGAUAAUGCUCCUUUACUUCCUUGGCUUAUUCUAGGAGACUUUAAUGAUUACUUAUCUUUAAGUGACCGAUCGAGUAGUUCUAAUCCCCCUUCCUAUGCAAUGACUCAUUUUCAAAGUUUUGUUAGUAAAUUUUCCCUUUUGCCUUUAAACCCGAUUGGCUCAAAAUAUACUUGGAAACAUGGCAAUGUGUGUGAAAGGCUUGAUUGGGGAGUUGUUAAUCAUAUUUGGCAACAUACUUUUCCUCACACUACUCUCUAUCAUCUCGCAUUUUAUGGUUCGGAUCAUAGAGUUCUUAAGAUAACCCUUAAUGAUGAUAGUAUGAUUCGUCUGAGACAUAAAAGGUUCAUGUUUGAAAACUUCUGGCUCACGGAACCGUCCUUUUAUGAUACUGUUAGGGGUAAUUGGAAUCAUUCCCAUCUUGGACAAAUUCCCUUAACUCUUAAUACUUUUCUCCUUAAGCAGAAAACUUGCGUGGAUGACAUCAAAAGCUGGAAUGCAGGAUUUAACAGUCUUUCUCGUAGAAUUCAUGCAUUAGAAAGCUCUAUCAAUGCUAUCCACUCCAAUUUGCCUCUCUCCAGUGAUAAAAUUCAACAUGCUUCUGCUUUGCAAUCUCAGCUGGAUUCCCUUCUUUAUAAGAAUGAAAUCCUUUGGAAGCAGCGAUCUAAAAGUCACUGGCUGCAGGCUGGCGAUAAGAACACUAAGUACUUUCAUAGUAAAGCUACCGUUAGGAGAAAGACUAAUUUUAUCCGAAAGCUCAAAUGCAAUGAUGGGAGAGUGGUUACCUCUUUUGAUGAUAUUUCCAGGGAGGUGUCCUCUUAUUUUGGUGAUCUUUUUAAGUCUCCGGAGUCUAAUAGCGAAGCUACUCAAUAUCUCCUUUCUGCCAUUGAUAAGUCAGUGGAUAGUCACCAAAUUCACUUUCUUGACUCCCCUUUUGAAGCUCAUGAAGUUAAGCAGGCCUUAUUUCAGCUUUCGGGUGACAAGGCCCCUGGACUUGAUGGUCUUAAUCCUACUUUUUAUCAAAAGAACUGA